AUGGCCCCGCCUGAUUCUGUCCUCUCCUCCCAUCAGUUCACUUUUGCUCAUCUUCUCAUGCUGCCUCAUGCCGUUCACUGUAUCCCCUCGCCUCACCCCCUGCCUCUGUACUUUCCCCCCCCUGCCUCUGUACUUCCCACCCUGCCUCCCCCACUCCCCACCUUCGGCUCCCCCCCCCCACAGCUACCGCAUGCUCGGACCCCACAGGGCGGCGCACAGCAGCAGAAGCACUGCGAGAUGGACUCUGAGUCAACUCAAGAGUCACCUCUCCCCUCCCUCUCUCCCCUACUCCUCCCCUCCGCCCCCACCCUGCCCCCACACAGCUACCGCAUGCUGUCUCUGGCAGACCCCACGGGGCGGCGCACAGCGGCAGCAGCGCUGCGCAACUGCUGCUACAUGCUGCCACUGGGACUCGCUGCCGUCUCCCGUGCGCCCUCCCCGCCCUCCCCGCCCUCCCCACCGUCCCUACCCCUCCACCCAUUCAUGCCCAUUCGUGUCUCUGCCCAUGCCAUCUCGCUCCUUGCACUCCCCACUCCCCCCAUCUGCAUGCACACUCCUUCUCUCACCUCCUUUCCCCAGCCAUGCUCUCAAUACCUCAGAUGCUUAUCUCUCACCCAUCUCAUCCCUCACCCAUCUCAUCCCUCACCCAUCUCAUCCCUCACCCAUCUCAUCCCUCACCCAUCUCAUCCCUCACCCAUCUCAUCCCUCACCCAUCUCAUCCCUCACCCAUCUCAUCCCUCACCCAUCUCAUCCCUCACCCAUCUCAUCCCUCACCCAUCUCAUCCCUCACCCAUCUCAUCCCUCACCCAUCUCAUCCCUCACCCAUCUCAUCCCUCACCCAUCUCAUCCCUCACCCAUCUCAUCCCUCACCCAUCUCAUCCCUCACCCAUCUCAUCCCUCACCCAUCUCAUCCCUCACCCAUCUCAUCUCUCACCCAUCUCAUCCCUCACCCAUCUCAUCCCUCACCCAUCUCAUCCCUCGACCUUCUCACUCCAUACCUCCUUCCCUCCGCUCACCCCCACCUCGUUCCCCCCUUCCCUCACAGUGGGGUGCACGACAGCGCCGUUCCUAUGGGAGAACGUGCUGCUAACGGGGGCGUUCACAGCAGCGGCAGUGCCCUUCUAUCGCAGCCCCUCGUCAGCGUCAGCCAGGCAGCUGUUCCGCGCCAGCCUGCUCUUCCUGCCCGCCCUCAUGGCCGCCAUGCUGCUGCACCGCCUCCCCCACCACCCCCUCCCCGCCCAUGCUCUCUCCCCCGCCCCCGCGCCCGCACUCACUCAUGCGCCGCUUCCCUCCCACGCUCCUGCAGUGAUGGCAGGUGCAGGCGAGAGUGGGGUAGGGGGAGCAACAGCGGGAGAGCAGGGGGCGAGGGAGGAGGUGGGGCAGAAGGCAUGGGGGGAGGCCGGGGCGAGGAGGGCAUGGGAGGCAGCAGGGAGUGGCGAGAGGGGUGAGAGCAGGAGGAGGGCGAGUCUCCCCCCGGUGGCGUAUUACUCGGCUGCUCCCUUUCCCUUCCUCCCCGUGCCCCACUACGCAUGA